AACGAUAAAUAAGCUGAAAUGGAAACAUAGGAAAUAUAAUCUUAUUACAAAUUUCUUUUUAUUUGUAGUAACAACAUACUGUAGUAUCUCAAUUAUUUUACCUUUGAAAAAUAUCUGUAGAUUGUUAUUGCAAUAUCCCCCACAAAUUUACAAGUCAGCAGCAAUACAGAGCCAACCGUUUGAGAUAAGCUGCAUCGGAUCAGAGGAAGAAGAAGGCGUUGUCCACGAGACAGUAGUCACACGUGGCGGAUUCUCAGAAUUUCCCGGAAAAAACAUAUAUAUAUUUUUUUUUGUGAGUGAGUUUGAGAAGGAGAGAUUGGUGGAGAGACGAAGGAAGAAGAAGAAGAAGAGGAGGAGGAGGAAAAAGAUAGAUAGAACGAUUCGGAGUUUCUCUGCCUAACCUAACCCACCAACACUUAUUCGGGAUUCUAGCGAGAGAACAAACUCGAAUCUCUCUUAAAAGAAGAAUAGAAUCUAGGAUUCGAACAUGUCGAGCUUAGCCGCUUCGUUGUGUUGCCCAUCAACCCAGGUCAAUGGAUUCGGUCUUAGGCCUCAAAGGUCGCUUCUUUACCAACCCAAUUCGUUUUCCUUCUCCAGAAGGAGAAGUCAUGGUAUCGUGAAGGCCUCAGCUCGAGUUGAUAAGUUUUCGAAAAGUGAUAUCAUUGUCUCUCCCUCCAUUCUCUCGGCUAAUUUCGCCAAAUUAGGCGAGCAGGUAAAAGCAGUAGAGCUUGCAGGUUGUGAUUGGAUCCAUGUUGAUGUGAUGGAUGGUCGUUUUGUUCCCAACAUCACAAUUGGGCCUCUCGUGGUUGAUGCUUUGCGCCCUGUAACGGAUCUUCCGUUGGAUGUUCAUCUUAUGAUAGUGGAACCGGAUCAGAGGGUACCGGAUUUCAUCAAAGCAGGUGCAGAUAUAGUCAGUGUACAUUGUGAGCAGUCAUCGACCAUCCAUUUGCACCGCACUGUCAAUCAAAUUAAAAGCUUAGGUGCUAAAGCUGGAGUUGUCCUAAACCCUGGAACACCAUUGAGUGCAAUAGAAUAUGUAUUGGAUGGUGAGUUUUUCUGUCCUAACACUGCACUUGCUUCGGUGAGGGAUGAUAGUAUUGUUCUCACUCGAGUUUAUCAUUUGUUUCUGGGAUCAGUGGUGGAUCUGGUCUUGAUAAUGUCGGUCAAUCCCGGAUUUGGUGGACAGAGCUUUAUCGAAAGCCAAGUAAAGAAAAUAUCGGAUUUGAGAAGAAUGUGUGUCGAAAAGGGAGUAAACCCAUGGAUUGAAGUUGAUGGUGGUGUCACUCCAAAGAAUGCAUACAAGGAAUCAAGACCAGCAAGAAGCCAGAAGCUGUGGCUGUGUAAUGUGAAGCAACAAGCUCAAAAGACUCUAUUAAUCUUAGGAAAAGCUAAAAAAAGUCAGAAGACGAUCACCCAGAUGUUGAUGUUGUUGCCAUACGCCAUAAAAUCCAUAAGAAUCAAACUCAACAGUUUCAAAGUAGCUCAUUUAUACUCUUCUGUACAAUGAAACAGUGUAAUAUCAAACAAAACAUAUGUAGUGUUGACUUUGCGAAAAUAAAGCAUGUCCAUUUGUCUUGCCCAAAAAACUGAGUAGCAACUCUUUAUACAGUGAUGAUCACUUUGCUUGCUCUUCUUGUAAAGGCUUUAUCCUUAUAUACAAUACAAACCAAGAGCCUGAGACUGAACCAAAAAUUGUAAAAGAAGAAAGACUCAGGAAUUGUUGCCAAUUAGCUGAUAGUUCCUAAACGACUCGAAUUGGUCAAGAAACAAGCUGAUCUCAGAUAUCCCUUCUCUUGGUAAAGUCUGGCUAGCAAUUCAUCCACCGUAAUGUUUGGCAAGAUUCCAGUUUUGAUCAUGUCACAGUGCAACAUCAUUGCGUCAGUAAUACGCUUUUCUUGAAGAUGCCCUUUUAACAUUGAAACGUAACUCCUCAAGUCCGGGGUUAUCCCGCCAGAUCUCAUGUCUGAGAAGAACCUGGUAGCUCUAAGAAUGUAGCCGUUCUGACAUAGCCCUUGAAUCAAGCAUGUAAAACCCACAUGAUUCCAGCAGCUACUCUGACCAGUGGAUUUACCGGUCGCAUCUCGUUCAUUUUCCAGAUAAAAACCGAUGGCAUCAGAGAUUCGCCCUUCUUUCCAGAAUCCAUCUACUAUGCAAGCGAAUGUGUGAUCAUUGGGGUGGAUUCCAGCCUCAAGCAUGUCACUGUACAGCCUGAGUGCUUCUUUCAUGUUGGCCUCCUUGAAAUGCGCAUCGAUCAAAGCUGUGUACGUCACAACAUCAGGAGCUAUGCCUUUGAUGGUCAUCUCAGAGUACAAUCCCAUUGCAGCUUUUAUGUUUCUCACUUUGCAGUGACCGUCGAUCAAAGUAGAAAAGGUUACGAUGUUGGGUUCUACGCCACUUGCUGUCAUCUCUGAGCAUAAAUCCAGAGCUCCCUCCAUAUUGUAUUCUUUACAAUACCCAUGAAUCAGCGAGUUGUAAGUCGCAGAGCUCGGGAAAAUUCUCUCGUUCUUCAUCUUCUCAAACAAUCUAUUUGCUUCUGUUAGCCGAUCUUCAGUACAGAGCCCGUUGAUAAGUAUCGUAUAAGUGAAUACAUCAGGCGAAAGAUUCAAACUUUCCAUCUCGGAACACAACCCCGUCGCUUCCAACACGUUCCCUGAUCUGCACUGUCCAUGAAUUAGACAGUUAUACACAUAUAAAUUAGGAUCAACCCCAAACUUCACCAUAUGCACGAAAAGGCUCCUCGCAGCUACCAAUUCGCGAGCUUUGCAAAAACCAUCAACCAACGUGCCGAAGAUAACAACAUUUGGCAGCAACUCAGCAACCAGAAUCCCCUUAUACAAUGUAUAGGCUUGUCUCAGAUGACCGGCCUUGCAGAAACCAUCAAUUAUUGCACUGUAAGUAUACAAAUUUGGAACAACACCAUGUUUCUUCAUCAACUCGAACAUUCUCUCCGCUUCCUCCAUCUUAUUUUCCCUACACAGAUCACGGAUAUAUAUGGUGUAGAUAUAAACGUUCGGCUUGAUCCCUGAAGAUGCCAUUUCAUCAAGAAGAAUCUCUUUCUUGGAAGAGAAACCUUGUUUGAAACAGCACUGGAACAAAACUGAGUAAAUGUAGACAUCAGAGACCAACCCACGGGAGAUCAUAAGUUGGUAAUCAUCCCAGACUGAAUCAAACCUUCUCCUUCUAACCAAACCAUUCAGAAUCGCAAGACAAGCUUUCGAAUCCGGCGAACAUCUCAUCUCUCGACUCACCCAAAGAGCUUCUUCGAACAAACCCAUCUCCAGAAGCUCCAUAAUCAGUAGACUAAACACUCCGAAACUAAAUUUCGGACUCCGAAUAUCCUCGAGAGCAUUGAAAACUCUAUUAGAAAUGUAGGUACGCUUACUGUGGCGCCUGAGACCUCCUAUGAGGCUUUUUAUCAAACACCUGGCGAGCGAAUAAUUCUGGGCUCCGGUUAGAACGUGAAUUACCGCCGAGAAAGAUCGGAGAUCCUUGGUCUUGGAGGUCUCCAGUCUCGGAGACGUUUCGAACAGCCUGAGCGCUUCUUCCGCGGAUCUGCAUUUUAGUAUUGCUUCGGCCAGACUCGAAGACGGAGAAGACGAGAGAGAGGGCAACGAAGGUGCUGAAUUUGGGGGAGAAGAAGAUUGAGAUAACGAUCUAAAUGUGAAAAAAUGGAACUUGUAGAUGUGAGGCGAUGAUCUAUGUUGGAUAAGCAGAAGCUUCAACAUCUGGAGAGGAGAUGGAACGAUUCUUCUGGUCAAACUGAGAAC